AUGGAUCCCUACCUGCAUUCCUCUGCCUACCAGCAACAUAUGUUGCCUGUGUAUGAUGAAGUCGUCAUUGAAGAAGUAGAACCAACUCGGCCCACAGAGGAGACAAUCACUUAUUCGUACCAGUAUUCUUCUUCCUCUGCCUUGGAAACACCGCAGUGGCCAAGCUCAUCUACCUACAAGGACCCCUCUGAAGAAACACCUCGAUCUGCAGAAGUGCCGAGCACGUAUUCGUACCCGGAUUCUUCAUCCCAGAUCUUGGCAGAGUCGAGUCAACCCGCGAAUCUAUACACUUCAGUGUACAGCAGGCCCCGUCAAUUCCUCUCACUUUAUAAUCUAACAUGCACCAGUAAUCACUGCCUUUAUCCCGGGUGUAAUGUCAAACCCUUCAAGCGGUCCGCCGAUCUCCAGCGCCACUACAGAAACGCCCAUAAUCCCGAUUCAACCAAGGAGGCAUACCAUUGCGACUACCCACGGUGCACACGCUCCAACGAGCCCUUCUCCCGCCGCGAUCACUUCCGCGACCAUCUGCGCGAAUACCAUCGCGAGGAUAUCCAGAAGCGUGGCAUCGUCGUCAAUAAAGAAUGGCUCGAGGAUCGAUACUAUUCCGACAAGUGGUGGCGAUGCCCGCGAUGCCUCGUCCGCGUCUAUACCUCCAAGGACGAGUUUGAAUGCCCUCAAUGCAAGGGGUCAUGUGAGCCCAAGCGCAAGGAGAAGCGCCGUGGGCAUUGA